UUUCCAUGUCAUUUCAUGUGUUUUGUUCGUCAGUUAAAAAACGUGUCAGGUCAUCUUUUUUCUUUUCAGUCUGGCAACGGAGUAACCCACACGAACAACUCUGUGAAGUCCUCGGUGGAGUUCAACUGGGAAGCUCCGGACACCUCUGUGGGACCCAUCGUGUUCCACUACACUGUCGUUCGAGGAGGAGCCCCGAACACGACCGUGAACCCCGCUGAUUACUUCAUGAACGUCGUAUCCGCUCCACUUAACCCUGCUACCACCCUGUUGAGAUUCACCUCGGAAAUGGAAGCACAGGACAGGGGCAAUGGCGUUCGUGUCAUGGAAGUCUCCGAGCAACUGUCAUUGAGAGAGAUCCUUCUCCGCAAACAUUUCAACUAAAAUCUUAAACUCACCUUUCUUGCCGCUACAAUAUUUAAUCUUUUUUUUUUUUUUAAAUCAGCGUGGCAUUUCAGUUGUUUUUAUACACGUUUUAAAGAUCCUUGCAGCGUAGCUGAACUAUGGGUCCUUUUUCUGCAGAGUUCCAAACGAUGUACCGGAUGAGCAGCCUUUCAAAUGUUCCAUAUUUUUUUCUUGAAAGAGCGCUGGUUGUCUUUAAAUAAAUCUUGUUCAGCACCCUUUUUCCCAAUAUAUCAGGGAUGUUUUUUAUAUAGAGCAAUAUUUUCGAAACCUGAGUAACAAACAGGUUUUACUCUUUCACUCUAAACGGUUAAUGCUCAAUAAAUUACACAGACUGAUCUA